CGAGAAUCCCUCGAGCGCUUCGCUUCCUAUGACUUUCGGUCACUACCCAGUCGCUGGUCUCCGCGUGAACCCCUCGAUUCGGUGCCUUCUCAUCGACACCCCAACUCUUCUUCGCCCGGUAUCUCCGACCCCAAUCGUCCCGCUCAAACCCCUCUCGCUGCAACUUCGUCACCCUCUUUCUCAUUCCUUCGAUUCCGCGAAACUGUUCCCCGGGAGGAAGCGCCCCAGACGGGGUCGCCGUCUAUUUCCCAGCGCUUCUUCUUCUUCUUCUUCUUCUUCUUCUUUGGAGCUCCCUCUCCUCCCUUUCAAUGUGAACGAGGUACUUGUUCCCUCCGAGAGUAAAGUACUACAUUUGUAUGAGGCUAUAUAUUUAGCCCUGCUGGAGGAGUCUCUGUCAAGGAAGAAUCUCUUUGUGCAUUUCGUACUCGAGCCCAUAAAUAUACCUGGUUCAUCGGAUGGGACAUCAUUUGCGGCCAAAUAUGGUUGCCUGGUUUUGAUAGAGAAGGUUGAACAGCUAGAUGUUGGAGCACUAGUUUCUAUACGAGGAGUUUGCCGUGUCAAACUUCUAAACUUUAUACAGGCAGAACCUUACUUGAAAGGUCUAGUCAUACCAUUGCAGGACUCAAUUGCUGAAAAUCCUAGUGAAACUAGCUCAAAAGUGGAUCAAUUAAAAGAGUCUCUUUGCGAUUUAAUUAAGCUGGAAAUUAAACUCAAGGCUCCCAAGGAGGCACUCUUGCAAACACAUACUGCAAACUCUCUAAGGUGGUCUGAAAACACACCAUCAGUAGGGUGUGACGAGAGUUUCAUUCCUUCAUUGGCUGAGCGAGUUUCCUUUGCAGCCCUGCAGCCCGUGUCAGGAUCAACUGAAUUGGAGCUGCUCAAGCUGCAACAAGAGAAGUUAAGGGCAAUGGAUACUAAAGAAACACUCAAGAGGCUAGAAGACUCACUAGUUUUAGUGAAGGAGAACAUUUCAAUAGUUGCGGCAAAGCUUGCUAUCCAGUCUCUCGAGAUGUAGCAAGCUAAAUACCUUUCAACCGGCCCUUCUUGGUGUCCCGCUAGAGGACAGCAGCAAUAUAUUGAUGUCGAGAGCUAUUAAUUUCUUGACAUCAGCAUAUCUAUAGAUUGAUGAAGUGCACGUGUUCCUAUGACAUAAUGCAAUGCUCCGCAGUCCCAAAAGCCUGACAAGGUUUGAUCAACUUUCAUAAGUACACUUGUAGUCAACUUCCGGCAGAGGCGGGAUGGCCGACUCUUUUCAUGCGUUAUAGUUUGGACCUAACUAACAAGAAGAAAAGAGUUUGUAACAUUCUUUUCAUCUGGUAUAGUGAAGGAUUCUGGAUUCCAGCAGAGGAUACCA